AUGAAGAGACCCGGGUGGACAUCAAUGUGGAACCAUUCCUGCGUGCACGCGAUCGCCUUCAGCACGUCAAGCACAUUCGAAUCACAUAUAAAUUCUACGAUAACCGGAAUACAGGACUUCUUGGAAACGUUUCAGGGUCUCGAAGAGCUUUUCUUCUCUGCUGACUUGGACUCUUAUUUGUAUUCAAGAGCAGUCUACCCUGAAGAGAGUUGUCUACUACGAAAACAUCCAACAUAUUGGCGGCCUGACAUGGAGAAGAUUGCAAGGCGGGAGGGUCCGUCAAGAAAACAUCUUCGUGGUCUCAACUUGGAGUGUAUUGGUGUUUUGCCCCUUCCUAAUGACGUACUGUCGGGCACACAGCUUGCACGAGCUGAUAUACCGAACCUGGGUGUACGUAAGGAUUUUUUCGAUCUAGCUGCCGGCUCAGACAACCUUCCCCUUUCCAGGUCACUGCAUGAUCUCGCGCAGUGGGCAUUCGGUCCGGAUGGAUUACCAUCACUCCGCGUGAUUGCCCAUGGCGACUUUUUAGACGAAGGACGAUAUCGGAAACACAACGUGCUUCUCUGCAGGGACAGUGGUUCGUCUCAGGGUCUCAACUUUCGACGUGUGGUCGGUACCGAGAUGGAUGAAUUACUCUUGGAUCUUUUCGAAGAGUACUCGGACUUUCUGCAGGCUUGCCCUCCAUCUCUCGAUCUAUAUGAGUCAAACAGCUGGUGA